GCCGCGAGACUUCGUGGCGCGUACAUCGAGAGGGUGUUUGUACGUCAUUUCCGAUCCUCGUAUCCCGAAAAUAUUGCAUUUAUUAUUGAGUCGUAGGGAACGAAUUGUCGGGAACGACGAGCGAGUUCGCGUGCACGUGUUGAACGCGCAAAUGUCAGUUUGACAGGUGACUGAAUCGAUUGGUCAACCGAUGAAAAACGUGCGCGGUCAACAAUUAAGUUGGAAGCUUCGAGUCAAUUGAUCGUUUCAGUGAAUCACUCGGAUUGAGAAAAAAAAAGAGUGUCGACGAUCGCUCGAAAAGAAGUCUCGAGUCGCAGAAAAGUACUGUAAGAGCUCUUAACCGCUCGGAGAAGCAACGUAGCGCGAUGUCCUCGACCGGUGGGCUCGGUUUACUGCUCAUUGGUCUAACAGCGCUCCUUUUCCAUCGAGGCAAUGCCGAACUGUACACUGCCCUUGCCGACAUGGAAGAACUGCUCGAAACCGAGGCCGUUCUCAUCGAUACACUCCACGGCUACAUAAAAGCUCAGGAACAACGUCUCGCUACCCUUCGAAGAAACGUCGAGGAUUACUCGAAAGAGCACGAGGAAGCGUCACAAAAUAUCCAGCAGUAUUUGUCGAAUCCGAUAAACGCGUAUUUGCUCGUAAAACGUUUGACGACCGAUUGGAAACGUGUGGACGAACUCAUCAACGAAGACGUCGGUAAAAGCUUCGUCUUAAAUAUCACGACCUCGAGGAACGACCUCAAAUUCCCCACGGACGAGGAUUUGAAUGGAGCAGCUGUUGCUCUUAUGAGGCUUCAGGAUACCUACAAAUUGGAAACGGCUCAGGUGGCGCGGGGUGUUCUCAACGGCAUCCAAUACAGCACGGGUUUAAGUGCUGGUGAUUGCUUCGAGCUGGGAAGACAGUCGUACAAUAAUGGCGAUUACUACCACACUGUACUCUGGAUGCAAGAGGCAAUGGAUCUUCUGCAGGAGGAGCAGAACCGAACAACCACAACGAAGCCCGAUAUUCUCGAGUAUCUCGCUUUUUCUACUUAUAUGCAAGGUAACGUAGGCCGAGCACUAAGUAUGACGAACGAACUGCUCGAGCUGGUACCAACCCAUCAAAGGGCACUGGGAAACCGAGCCUACUAUCAGGAGGAGAUACAGAAGAGCCAAACGAAAAAGAAGCGUGGAGAGGACGGUCAGGACGACGUCAAGCCGAGCAACGAGUUCACCGUAGUCGAGAAAAAAGUUAAAACAAUAUCGGAGAUGAGCGAACGUGAGAGAUACGAAAUGUUGUGUCGCGGAGAAAUAACAAUAUCGCCCUCGCUCCAAAAAGAGCUUAAAUGUCGUUACGUUGAUCGUGGAAUUCCUUUCCUCAAAAUCGCACCGUUCAAAGAGGAAGAGGCUUUUCUGUCACCGCGAAUCGUUAUUUAUCACGACGUCAUUUACGAUAACGAGAUUGAGACGCUCAAACGGAUGGCUCAACCAAGGUUCAAGCGUGCGACCGUACAGAAUUACAAAACAGGCGAACUCGAGAUCGCUAAUUAUCGUAUAAGCAAAAGCGCCUGGUUGCAAGAACACGAGCAUCCUCAUGUCGCCGCAGUCAGCAAGAGAGUUGAAGACAUGACGAGUUUAACGAUUGAUACCGCGGAGGAGCUUCAAGUCGUUAAUUACGGUAUAGGGGGCCACUACGAACCGCAUUUUGAUUUUGCAAGAAGAGAAGAAACGAAUGCUUUCAAGAGUCUCGGCACUGGAAAUCGCAUAGCCACGGUUCUUUAUUACAUGAGCGACGUUGAGCAAGGCGGUGGAACCGUUUUUACCGGAAUCAACAUCGCUCUUUGGCCUAAAAAGGGGAGUGCAGCUUUUUGGUACAAUUUGAAACCGAACGGCGAAGGGGAUUACAAAACAAGACACGCGGCGUGUCCUGUUCUAACGGGAAGCAAAUGGGUCGCGAAUAAAUGGCUUCACGAGCGGGGUCAAGAGUUCCUGAGGCCUUGCACUCUCGAGAAUCAAGCACCGGAUCCAGAUCUCGGUAGAUAUUAAAAUGUGAUGAAUAGAGAAAAGAGAAAGAAGAAAAAAUCGUUCCUCUCCGGCCAUCAUAUCGCUUCGCAGUUGCUUCGUUCGAACGAUUUCGAAAAACGAGCUUACCGGACCCGAGGCUCAACGCUCUUCUGGAAUCGAAUCGUCCGCGCUCGUGGUUUAUUAAUCGACGAAUAAAACAGGAAAUUAUAAGAGAAUUAGGUAAAAACAUUGAUGAAAAGGAUCGUUUGUGGAACAUUUGGAGGAAUGAAUGAACUCGCUUUUUAUUUAUCGGCGAGAUGGUAACAUGUUUUUGUACAAUAAUGUAUACUUGGACGAUAUAUCAUUUACGAGUCCCAAUUAGGUUUUACGAGUGUAAGAGAAAGUGUGACAAGUGUAAAAAAAAAAGUAACACAAAUUCACCAGUUUGGUGAAUCAAGUGCUCGGAAGUUCGUCAAAUUUAGCAGAAUUCUGCGUUGAUAAGUGAGUGACGUUCGUUCCAAAUGAAUUUAUUGAUUCCGCAACUACGGAUACAAACAAGACUUAUUAAAUAAUAAUAAUAAUAACUUUGAAAAAGCGGAGAUUUACGCGCGUUAUGAUUUACACGAAAAGCAUCAAAAUGCUUUAAUGAAUUUCAUUCAUUCAUUAUAAUUCAAAAGCGUCACAUUUUUUUCGUGCCACGAAAAGUACGAUUGUGAUGUUGAAAAAAAUGAUUUUUUUUUUGAAUGAAAAAAAAAAAAUGAAAAAAAUUAACCGGCCACGAGAAAACAAAGAGUGCCAGGCGCGACGUUUCUUGCCAUGUAACGUGUAAAAAUACUCGCAGACUCGUUGAACGACUGAAUUCAAGAGAUUUAUUUCUUCCAUUGUUAUCGUUGAUUGAUACUAAAUUCAUUGGACCUGCUGACUCAUCUCAGUUUGGCCCUAUUUUCAAUCAUCGAAACAACUCGAUAUUGGGAAAGCAGGCUUUUCGCACGAUUGUCUCAAAGAGGUACGACGAAUUUAACACUUCCAAUACCUCUCUUUAUUGCCCAUCGAAUCUCACCAAAACCUGAAACGAUCGAAUCCAGAAAUAAUAAGUUCUUUUCUCACGAACGUUGGGCGAUAAUUAAUUGGAAUAACUGAACACAACAGUUCGUGAUCUUUUACCAUUUUUUUUCCACUAAAAAAUAGCAAUUCGUACCUUUUCGACAGAUUCUCGUGCACGUCGUCACAUCGCACUUCUAAACUAUCGAUGACUCUACCGAAAAAAGUCUUUUUCCUUGUCGUCGUUAAUCGGUGACUUAAACUCUUAGAUAGAGACAAUUAACCAUCAUUAAGAUAUCUGCUGGUAACACGUUUUACAAAGUUAUCCGCGCACUUUCUAAUACGUUUAAGGGCUAAAGAAUAAUUAAGAAAAACGUUAAGGAGUAAUAAUAUUUUUGUUUUUUCCGUUCACAACGUGGAUUUAAGGAGAUUUAUAUAGAUUCAUUUCGCCCUCAUUAUUUUGUGCUGUUAUCUUCGAAGUGAUUUUAUAAAAAAAAAAAAAAAAAAAAAAAAAAAUAAACUAUUAUAUUUAGCAGUUGUAGAGAGAUAAUAAAAACUAAAACUUUUAUGAAAUUGAAAAAGUGAUCGGAGAGAAAAACUGCACGAAUUGUUGCUUCCGUGUCGCUAAUGAGCGUGGAUCGAACCUCUUAACAUUGUUUUUGCUUUCGGUUCCGAAGGCAGAGAGGUUCGUACUUUUCAACGUCAUUGAAAAAUUUACAUACUUCGAAAAUCAAAGGGGAUUUGACAUUUAGAUUCAAACUGAUGAUGUAUGAUACGAAGACAAAAAAAACAAAUUAAUAUUCACAAUUUCAAUGA